UGUUCUUGCCGUGGUCGGUUCGCCCACCUCUUGCGCCCCUUUAAGUUUAUGUUAAUUAGUUUCGUUUGCUGCCUGAAAAAACAGAAAGAGUCAAAGAGAGCAAGUCGAAGGUCGAGGAGAAAGAUAAAAUAAAAUUAAGCCGGCGAAUUGCAGCGAAUUGUUUGCUUUGCUUGAUCGUGAGGGCUGUAGAUGAAAAAAUCACACAAUGAGUGCUUCUUUGACUGACAUCGAGUACCUGAAGAGCUGCCUUAAAAGCUACCCUGACUUUCCAAAACCUGGAAUUCUGUUUUAUGACGUUUUCUCAUUGCUUUCGCAGCCAAAAGCAUUUAACCUGUUAGUGGACUUGUUGGUGUCUCGAGCUAAAAGUUAUGAUCCGCCAGUGACUGCCAUCGUUGCUCUUGACUCCAGAGGUUUUCUUUUUGGACCAAUUAUUGCUCUCAAGCUCAACAUUCCAUUUGUGCCUAUAAGAAAGAAGAAUAAACUGCCUGGAAAGGUUUUGAAGGCCACUUAUCAGUUGGAAUAUGGAGAGGACACUCUUGAGAUUCAGCAGGAUGCUUUAGAAAAGGGACAGGCAGUGCUUCUGGUAGAUGAUCUUAUUGCUACAGGAGGUACAUUAGAGGCAGGCUGUAAUCUGGUCAAACAAUUGGGCUGCACUGUGAGUAGCUGUCUGGUGGUCAUGGAGCUGAAUGGCCUGAAAGGUCGAGACAAUGUCUCUGCUCCGGUUGACUCGCUUAUCCAGUACUAGACUUGAAGAUUCGUUCAUGAUUCCCCAGAAAAAAAGAACAGAAAUAAUUUCUUGCAAUGAUAAUUUGUGCAAUCGUGUAAGGUUGAAAAUAUUUGUAUUCCAUUGCACUGCAUUCCUCAAGCUCAAACUUCAGAUUUUUUAAGGCGCACUGUGAUGUAAAUUUUUUAUUGAAAGGAGAAUUCCCAUAUCUCCGUUGAAUACAUACUACAUUUGUUCAAAUACUUUUUAAUUUGAUCAAUUUCAAGAAAACGCACAAAUAAGCUUUUUAUAAAAAGCCAAUAAAAUUUCAAAAUGCUUGAUUUGUACUGUAAAGUGAAGCAUAAUAUUCUGCAUUAAAUUUUCAGAAGAUUGCUUAAAUUUCAAGGUUUUUCAUCACUGAUUACUUUUUCAUCUGGAUACAAAAAUGCAAUAUUUAAUAAAAAAAAAAAUAUGAG